AUGAGUACCCACGGGAUGAGAAAAGAGGAAGGAUGGAGCCCCAACCACCAGGCCCUGAUGGGAACCAGAAACCGUUCCAAAUCAUCCCCAGCCCCCAGAGCUAUCUCGUUUCAACGUCAGCUCCUCACUGGUAUCACGCCCCACCAGCUUGCUCAGAAUGGUCUCUAUCACCAAGUCCGCGCCGGAGUAGGCGACAUCGCUUGCUGCUUUGCCUGUGAGGCUGCGGUCCCGCUGGAUGCCAUCCAGGAAAACCCCACUGGCGAUGUAUCGAAAAUACACAAAGAAGACUGCCUAUGGCAAGUUAUUUGCCAUGACCUUAAACCGUUUCUACCUUCUCCGCCUCCUCACUCCCACACGCCCUCCGCAAACCCAUCUAGCCAGUUCUCCGCUGUCGAAUCUAGCUCUCAACCCAAAACUUACCCGACACCAACAGCUCACACAAUCGUGAAUCAAGCGGACCCCGACCUCGAGACUUCUGCCGAGUUACCACCCGCCAGGCUCGAAUCAGUACCGCUAGCACCGCGACCAACCACCGUUCCUCCACAACCUAUCCAACCCACCCUGAGAACCACAUCUCCCCCCACAUCCCAGAAACAAACCUACGCCUCUGUUCUCCAGCAACCUACCACAUCUUCACCGCCACCAACGACUAGACCUCAACCUACACCUCCCAAUCACCCACUUAUAAUCGAAGAACUUCGCCGCCGUUUUCACAACAAACCGUCACCAUUUGAGCUUGAGAAAAGAAAGAAGAAACGCCAAAAAACCACGUCCGCCGCACAAUCGUUGUCCAGGUUCUUGAACUCAGCAUUACCAGCAUUCUCGCGAUUUCUGGUGGAGAUGCAGCCAGCUGCGGACAACUGUUGGCCGCCUCGUCCGGGAACUCAUCCUAGCCGCGCCAUGAGGGCAGCCUAA